ACUCAGAUGUGGUUGGGCCGCAGAAUGAAGAUGGAUCAUUUUCAGGGGACAUGUGGGGUGAAAUUGAUACACGGUUUUCUUAUAUUGCUAUCUCUUGUCUCUCAUUACUACAUCGUUUGGAUAAAAUCAAUGUGGAGAAGGCCGUGAACUACAUUUUAAGUUGUAAGAAUCAUGAUGGCGGAUUUGGUUGCACACCUGGUGCAGAGUCUCAUGCAGGUCAAAUUUUCUGUUGUGUGGGUGCUUUUGGUAUCACGGGAUCACUACAUCAUAUUGACAAGGACCUUCUUGGAUGGUGGCUAUGUGAGCGGCAAGAUAACAAAACUGGUGGUCUUAAUGGUCGACCAGAGAAACUUCCUGAUGUCUGCUACUCAUGGUGGGCUCUUUCUAGUUUGAUCAUGAUUGACAGAGUUCGUUGGAUCAAUAAAGACAAGCUUAUCAAGUUCAUUUUAGACUGCCAGGACAUUGAAAAUGGAGGAAUUUCUGACAGACCAGAUGAUGCUGUUGAUAAUUGCUUUGCCUCUGCUUUGUUUGUUUUCCAAAUUUCUUCACAUAAUAAUUUGGACUCUCCCUUCUCAAAUAUCCAGGGUUGA